AUGAAACUGAACGGCCAAGGAGAUGACACGAAGGGCAGCGAUGUCCUGUGGGAGUCCAUUUAUAAUGACUUCAACGAAAUUACAAAAACGAACAAGAGACACUGUAACUAUAUUGAGAAUAGUUUGUACAAUUUUUGCAAGGGGGUCAGUUCAUCAGAUAAUUUAGGUUACAAUUUGAAGAAUGGGUCGAAGGAGUGGCUUCGUCCUAACCAUUCGAAGGAUGUUGCAGGAGCGUUGCCUGGUGUAGGAGAGGAGAAUGAAGGAAUCGGAGGCAGUCCCAACAAGGGAGUAGCAGGAGAAGGAAAUGCCAGUUGGAGUAAUCUUGCCAUUCAGGCAUACUUAAAAAAAAAUAACAAACAGGAAGAAGAGGAACUAUUUGCCAAAAAGGAUAAUGACGCAGAGAGUGUCAACCAUCUGAUGCUACAUGAUGAUGAAAAAAGUGACCACAUACAGAGACGACAUUCUUCAUUCCAACCAUGCAAUGACCAAUACGAUGGACAGUACGUGAGGAACAAAUUCCUCGACGUGGAAACCGAUUACUUGAAGAAUGAAACGUAUGUCAGUUGCAACGAUGUUGUGAACAGCGAAAAGACAAGACAUUCGGAUUUUCAAAAUAAUAACAGUGGGAGUUUGCUUCUGCGGGAGAAGAGGAGCUCGAUCGAUGUAAACGGAAGGGUGGACAGUCAGGUUGGUGUUCAGGAUGGUGGCCAUUUGGGCAACCAUGCGGAUGUCCAGUUGGAUGGCUCCUUCCGCAACGGCAGUAUGUUCAAUCUGAUGAAAUACAAUGCGGCUUUGAAGGGGUUGGGAAUCGAUGGGGGCAUGGGCAGUAACAGCCACACAUAUAAGAACGUGAACGUAGGAGUGAGUGCUUUUUCCAAUUCUGAUCAGCAGAAUUAUGAGAAUGUUAAGGCGAGGAGCUUGCACCUGACUGACCCGAAGGGACUGUUUUCCAAAAGGGAGGAUUAUACCUACUUGCUGAGCAACAAGAAAAUUUACGACAGUGUGUCAGUAGGGGGGAGAGAAAUGGACAGAGGGCAGAGCGGUGACCUCUUAAGGUUCGCUCCCUUUGAUAGCCGCAGAGGGGGAAGUGGAAGCGGUGCUAGAAGUGUCAUGGGGAGUGGGGACGGAAGGAGUAGUCUCUUUAAUAACAUGAACAAGUACAGAAAUUUCAAUGUAAAAUCGGACGAAAGUCUGACUUGCCCUAGCUUCAGUUACCGCCGCAGCGAUUUGGAGGGAAGUGUCAUUGGAGGGAACACCACUAAGGUUGACAGGCAGAAAAUAGGCAAAGAUGUCUCUCAUGACGAAUAUCACUACGAUGAACGUAGUAGUGCCGAAAGGGGUAGUAUCCAUCAGAGGCGCCAGGAGGACAAUCGGACGAGCUGCAACUCGCUGGAGAAACUGGACCAGCUGCUGAAAAGCAAGUGUAAGUAUAUGAGCAACAACAGACUGAGCGACCUUGAUUUUUUAUUCAAAAAAAAAAACAAAGCAAACAAUGAACAUUUGAGGAAGUCUUUCAUAAGUUGCGAUAAUUACAAAAUUGACUCUGUCAUGUCUGAGACAUUUAAUAGAAACACCGAAAUGGAUAGGAGCGAGUCUCCCCCGUCCGAGCAGAUGGACGAAGCUAGCCACAACCAACUUAUAAGCCGAUCCAAGAGGCUAAUUGAAAUGAGUAAAAAAUGCCUGAGUGGAUACUCAGAUUUGGAUCAAUAUGAUCAGAACGAGUUGUACGCACGGAUGGGUAAGAACAAACAUGGAACGAGCGUUUCAGGUAUAAGUUACAGCAACGUCAUUGACGAGGAGGACUGCGGGUCUGUUUUCUCCGCGAAGAAACUAAUUGGGAAGGAAACGCUGCUUGGUAACAAAUACGGCCGUGCAUAUAAUUAUGCGAAUGGGGAACUGGAGGAGGUGCUGUGCAACUACGUCGGGGGAAAGGAGGGAAAUAGCAAAAGUGUCAGUAAGCUGUUUGAAGCAUACGACAAGGACAAAAUUUCCGUCGUUAGUGCACCCCUGGUGAGUAGCGUGUCGAAAGGUAAUCCAGAAGUGGAGUCGUUUCGCGGGGAUAGCAAAAUGAAUAAGAAGACCAAUCUGACACAUAGCGAUGAUGUAGUCGGAGGUGUUACCACGAAAGGAGCCCACAACAGCCAACCGAAUGAAGAACACCACUUUGGUAAAGACGAAACGGCUGGAAAUGUAGCCGAUAUGGGGUUAAAUAUAUCCCCUUGUGAUAAUUAUGACACGCAGGAAGGAACACAAGGGAAAAAAAAGAAAAAAAAAAAAAAAAGCAGUUUAGAUAGUGUGGCGGAGAAUUCAGAGAAGUUAUUACCCCCCGGUGGUGACACGAAAGGUAACCAAAAAAGUAGCAGUCCCAACGUGGGAUUAAAAAUGGCAAAUAUAAAAUUCCCCGGGGAUGAAGAGGAGGACUCACCUCUCGGUGGUGACGCCAACAAGGGUGCAAGUAAAAGUCAUGAGGAGGAUCUCCAGGGGAAGGUAAAAAACGACGUUUAUAGUUACGAGGCAGAGGAAGAAGACGAAGUAGGAGGUAAUAAGAACAUACCUCAUGGUGAGGACAACAUUACUGAAAACAUCCAAAGGGAAUCCCUUCCGAAGGGGGACAACAACAGCGUAAUCACGAACAGUUCCAGUGUGGGCAAUUUUAAUAAAUAUCCAGAGCUUGCAAAAAUGUAUUACAAUCAAAAGAAGGAGAAAGUACCUUACGCAGAGGAAAGGAAAAUAAGUGAUGAUCAGCAGAAGGCACUGGAGCAAUGCUACGACACGAUUAACCAUGCCAAUGAUGUGAAGAGACUCUUUCGCGAGAAGAACUUUUUACAAGAUUUAUGUGAAAAGAGAAAGGUCAUUAUACAAAAGAGCAAAAUCGAAAACACCAAGUUGAGCGUGGAGAUUAAGUCGCUACUGAGCUUUAACAACAAUUUGAGUUACGCUUUGAAGGAGAAGGAAGCGGAAAUAAAAAUUCUAAAGAAGCAGAAGGAAGAACUGGAAAUGAAUUUAAUGAAGCGAAUAAACAAUAACGGCAGCACCCAGUAUUCUCUCCUGAGCAAUUUCACGUCCUUUCCUGCGCUUUCCAAAAAUGAGAGAACUAGCGGUGUGCACAGUGAUAGCGGCACGUGCCACCUGCUACGCAACAGAAGCAGCUGCACCAUUUUGAAUAACAUCGCGGAUGCCAACGCCAGCGUCAGCAGUGGUGGAGGUAAUCAGGCCGCCCUGAUAGAGAGCUACGAGGAAAAGAUCCAGGAGCUUCUCAUGCAGGUGAAGAUGUACCAGACGAAGAACAGCGACUUGCAGGAACAGCUGCGCAUUUUUAUGAACGAGUAG